UUCAGUAUCUCAAUCUCGCUUGUUAAUUUCAGAAGUUCGAUUUCUGGCGGUGAAACUUGUGAUUAUUUCCGUGGGAUUUUUUUCAAAAAAUGUUGCAGUUAUAACGGCAAGUGUGCUGUGUAGAACAUUUUAAAAGUGUCUUGGAAUCUGUGCCUAAGGAAAAAGGAAUAUAUAUCCAGCACAAUGCAAGUGAAGCAACAAAGCGCUUUGUUUUUGUUGUUGUUGUUUCUGGCUGUGACGUCGCAAGGAGUGAGCGCCGAUGCCGAAGCCGACAGCGACGCCAACGUCGUUGCAGAUGCAGAGACUAAUUUAAAUGAAAAAGUCAAAGUGUUUACUGUGGCCACUGAACCCACCGAUGGCUAUGCCCGAUAUCUGAGAUCUACACGCGUCUACGACAUCGAGGUGACCACCCUUGGACUGGGAGAGGAAUGGAAGGGCGGAGAUAUGCAGCAUCCCGGCGGCGGUUUCAAGCUGAAUCUGUUGCGUGAAGCCAUUUCUCCUUUUAAGAAUGAUCCGGAAACGAUAAUACUCUUCACGGACAGCUACGAUGUGGUAAUCACAGCUACUCUGGAGGAGAUUGUGGAGAAGUUCAAGGAAUCGGGAGCCAAGCUGCUCGUCUCCGCCGAGAAGUUCUGUUGGCCGGAUAAGAGUCUGGCCAACGAUUAUCCAGAAGUGGAAGGAAAGGGAUCGCGAUUCCUCAAUUCUGGUGCAUUUAUCGGUUAUGCCCCGCAAGUGUAUGGACUGCUGGAGGAUCCAAUUGAAGACACCGCCGAUGACCAGCUGUACUUCACCAAGGUCUUCCUCGAUGAAACAAGGCGCGCCAAGCUGGGCAUGAAGCUGGACACACAAUCAAGGCUAUUCCAAAACCUUCAUGGGGCCAAAAACGAUGUGAAGCUCAAAGUGGAUCUUGAUACCAAUCAGGGUGUCCUGCAGAAUGUGGACUUCAUGACAACGCCAGCAAUCAUCCAUGGCAAUGGUCUGAGCAAAGUGGAUCUGAAUGCCUACGCCAACUAUCUGGCCAAGACUUUUAAUGGCCAGUGUCUGGUGUGCCAGGAAAAUUUACUAGACCUGGAUGAAAACGAUCUACCGAUUAUCUCUCUAGCUGUGAUUGUCACCACUCCCGUGCCCUUCUACGACCAGUUCCUCGAAGGUGUCGAGAGCUUAAACUAUCCCAAGAAGAAGCUGCACUUGUUCAUGUAUAGUGGUGUGUUCUACCACGACGACGACAGCCGGGAAUUUGUCACUAAAUAUGGCGACAAGUAUGCCAGUGCCAAGUACACUCUGUCCACGGAUGAACUAAAUGAACGCCAAGGCAGGCAGUUGGCCCUGGACAAGGCUCGACUACACCAGAGCGAUUACAUAUUCUUCCUGGACGCAGAUGCGCAUAUCGAUGAUGGCGAAGUACUCCGCGAGCUGCUCAGGCUAAACAAGCAAUUUGCGGCUCCUUUAUUCACCAAACACCACGAACUUUGGAGCAACUUCUGGGGCGCCCUGUCCGAGGGUGGCUACUAUGCCAGGUCGCAUGACUACGUGGACAUUGUGAAACGGGAUCUGAUUGGGAUCUUCAACGUGCCCCAUGUGACGAGCAUCUAUCUGGUGAAGCACAGUGCCUUCGAUGCCAUCACCUUCCAGCACAAGGAAUUCGAUCCCGACAUGGCCAUGUGUGAGUCUCUGCGGAAUGCGGGCAUCUUCAUGUACCUAACCAAUCAGCGCUACUUCGGACACUUGGUCAACGCCGAUAACUUCAACAGUUCGGUGACACGUCCGGACUUCCACACUUUGUUCACCAACCGAUACGACUGGGCGCAGAAGUACAUACAUCCCAACUACUCGGUGCAGCUGAAUGAAAGCUACCUAAUUCCACAGCCAUGCCCGGAUGUCUACUGGUUCCAGAUCGUCACGGACGCCUUCUGCGACGACCUGGUGGCUAUCAUGGAGGCCCACAACACCUGGUCGGAUGGCAGCAACAGCGACGCUCGACUGGAGGGCGGAUAUGAGGCGGUGCCCACGCGGGACAUCCACAUGAAGCAGGUGGGGCUGGAUCAGCUCUACCUAAAGUUCCUGCAGCUCUUCGUACGUCCUUUGCAGGAGCGCGUCUUCACUGGCUACUUCCAUAAUCCACCCCGCUCACUGAUGAACUUCAUGGUGCGCUACCGACCGGAUGAGCAGCCCUCGCUUAGACCCCACCAUGACUCCUCCACGUACACCAUCAACAUCGCCAUGAAUCGAGCAGGCAUCGACUACGAGGGCGGUGGCUGCCGGUUCCUGAGAUACAACUGUUCCGUGACCGAGACAAAGAAGGGCUGGAUGCUGAUGCACCCGGGACGACUGACCCACUACCAUGAGGGACUACUCGUGACCAAGGGAACCCGCUACAUCAUGAUAUCCUUCAUCGAUCCGUAGUUAUACUCUUUACUAUUAAUCAAACUGCCAUAUUGGCCACUCCAAAGAACUGCUUCCUAAGCCCAACAAAUGGAUUGGACCGAAGGAAACAUUAAAGGGCCUUGGCCCAAAGUUUCUGAUGAUUUUACAUACUACUUUGGGACCGAUAGCUUUAGGGUCCCUCGAUGAAUCUGUUACAGCCUUAAGUUAAUUGUAAGAUUUUCUACCAAGUGCAAAGUGUUCAAUUUUUAAUUAAAUAAAUUAAUGUGUACACAAGA